AUGGCCGGACAGCCGCGUGGCGACAGAGGCGGUGAACGUAGAAGAAGGCAGGUGUUUUACACACACCAAGAUUACGCUAUAGACCAAGCCAAUCGCCUUUUUGGGUUUACGUUGCCGCGUGAGGAUUUUCGCGUGUUGGAGGGUGGCGGCCAUCAGCGCCACUUGGACGGCAUCCGCGACAUCUACGACAGCUACGCUGCGGAUUGGAACCGUCUCUGCCAGGUGCUCCCAGCCCUUGCGGCCGUUGUGCCGGUGCACAAGGCAAAAGGCAAGGGAAAGGGGCAGCAACAAGCGCCCGAGCAACCCGCCACUCCGAAAGUGGCAAACCCGUCUGCAAGACCUCAGCCAGCAGCCCCGGCCACAACUGCGUCUGGAUCCAGGGACUCCGCAGGGACCCCGGCCCGUAUCGAGGCGACCCCGCUCACUGGAGCCGAGGGAGCGGCAUCUUCAACUGGAGUUGGGCCGGCGGUGGCCGCGCCCAAGGAGCCACAGCUGGGAAGCGACGAAGAAGGGCCAGUCACCGACGCCCACGACCAAGGCGACCCAGGAUCCGAGGAGCCUGUGGUUGCCGAGGUCGCGGGUGUUAAGGAAGAAGCGCCCGACGACACUGACGCAGGGGCCGCUGAGGACCUUGCCCAAACCACUGUGGACCAAACCCGUGCUCAGGCACAGGCUGAGGUAACCCAGGUCAGGGCUGAGGCCGCACAGGCAGUUCUUCACACCCGCGCCGCGGCACAGGAAGAGGUCUUAGCAGCACAGCGCACCGCGUUGGAACGCAUAGCCCUUCUAGAGCAGCAGCUCGCACAGUCGCAACGUGAAAGGGAGGAGAGCAACCGCAGCGUUGAGCAGCUGAUCGCGGAACGCCGGCUCACAGAUGACUAUUGGGCCCGGCGAGAAGCUGAACUUAACACGCAGCUAGACGUAGUUGCUCCAGCGGUGACUCCGAAAGCAACCUCGCGAACGCAUUGGUCCCCAAUGUCUUUCUCACCUGACACAAGCCAUAAUGGCCCGGCUCUUACAACUCCAACGCCAGCCGCCCGCAAAAGGGGCGAGGAAGCAGUCUUGCAACCCAGUGUGCCAGCAGGGGGGCCCAAGCCCCCGACGCAGUCGCCCCAAGAGGGUGCUGCUCCUAGCGCACCGGAAGCCUCAGCGGCACAACCCGCCGAGCAGCCUGCAACCUCAAGCUCCGAUGCUCCCUCUGCACAACCAGAGACGGCAGCUGUGCAACAGAGUCCCACGCGCAACCCUGAAGUUGAAGCGUUGAGCCUUCAGGUCGGCGAACUCCUUACAACAGUGCAAACCUUAGCGCAAGCCAUGGCUGUUUUGCAGCAACCGUCUGUGUCUUCUAGUGUAACGCCACCUCCUCCCACAACGGAGGCGGCAGCACCAGCACCAGUACCGACACUGCACUUGCCAACACAGGCACCGCAACUGUUUGCAGCUGCUUCGCCAAGCGCUGUUGAAUCCGACGCCGUGUCCGUUGUUGACGAAGACAUCGGAAGUGGCACUGGUGAUCUCCCAGGGUACGCCCCCACAGAGGUUGCUACUAGCGACGAGGAGCUUGAAGCCGGUCACCUCGAGGAGGCGGACGACUUUGCCUCAAAGGAAGGGGCUGCAACCAGCGCCCUUGCACCCGAAAAGCCUGUGCCCAGUGCUGCAGUCGAUCCGGAGGACGACAAACCUCUGAUUGACUUAGUGACUACAUCGAUGAAAGUUGCCAAAAAGCCAGACACCAAGUCCGAUGAUCUCAUCGAUGUGCCCACCGCGCCGUGGCAGCAAAUCGCAACAGAUGAUGUCAUCAUGGCCCGAGGUGACGACCACCGUGGCGUAGGGACGCUUCAGAACCACGCCAAGAACUUCAGGCACUUCUUCGGUUUGCGCCCAACCUCAAAGCCGCCGGUCUGUCUAGUUAAGAUGGAUGAAGCAGGCGAGCUUGAAGGGGCAGCGUCGGAGGUCGGUCUCAUUCCAGAGACAUCCCUCCCGAACCGAUGGCCUCAUAACUCGGUGCUUGAGCGCGACGUAAGGGAAGAGAAAGAGUGCUGUAGGAGCAUCCACCUUCAGUCGGGAUUGCCCUACGACUUCCACACCUACUCUUACCCUUACGCUUGCCUCUCGCUUUCUUUCGACCGAGUGAGCCACAGUGACAAGUCUAAGUCACAGUGGGAGGUUCUCACAAAGGCUCCCUUCGAGAGUAUCCGCGCGUGUUUUGGACAGCUUGUCUAUUACCGCAAGAAGGGUUUAAGGUAUAGGUUCGUGACCAAGGUCCUCGAUUACAUAGAGUUCCGUUCCAAGCGCAACACCUUGGUUGUUGACGUCCCACAAGACGAGCUCUUUAUCGAGGAGGGCCCUCCAGUCUUUCCUGUGGCCAAUGCUAAUCGCCGCGCCCUGGUUGAAGGGGCUGCAGAGGGCGUGCUCCCAGACAUUCCGCUUAAGGAAGUGCCGUUCCCGCCAGAGGGCAGUGACGUUAGGGAGAAGGAAGAGCGCCGCUCUCUACCUCCCACUCCAGGCAGACCAGUGCCACCAACUCCCGCAGAAACUGUGCCGCCGACACCCGCUGCAGAAAGCGUGGCUCCGCCCACUCCUGCUCCCGUGCCGGAAGCGCCCGUCAGGGGGGCAAAAGGAAAAGGCUUUACCACCGUUUUCGAGUACGACUGCUCUACCACUUCAGCCUUUGGCAAGUCCCACUUUGAGCUCGGUGUUCCACACCUGUUGAGGUUAAAGGUUGUGACUUUGGUUGGUGGGGUAAGGUUUCAGAAAGAGCAUCAAGUUGAGGAGUGCUCUAAGGACAAGGGUGUUACACAGCAUGCGCCCAAGUCUUCAAAGAAGUAG